AUGGAAGUCUUACUUUCUGUGAAGGAUCCAUCUGAGGCCAAUAUGGAAAGACUUUGCCCUGUUCUUCCGGAAGAGACUUCUUCACAAGGGUCCACACACAGUCCAAGAGAAAUCAAUAAAACCAUAGAAACGGAAUUAACUUUACCCGAUGAAAAUGUAACUCAAAUAGAAAAUAUACUUGAUCUCUGGAGUGGAAGUCUUAAGGCAAAUGUUCUGACUGAAUUGAGAAAAUGGAAGCUUAGUUUGGUCGAACAUUACAGGCUUCAAAUGAGACAAGAAAAAGACAAAUACGCUGCACAUGUGAGACAACUGAGCAAUGAGAUGGAAAACCUGAAGGAGCUGCUACGUACAUAUGAAAUCUCUGUUGGCAGAAAAGAUGAGGUGAUUACUAACUUGACCCAAGCAUUAGAGAGGCAAAAGGAGAGAAUAGAGUUGAUGAGAACGUUUACACUCUGGCGGAUUCAGCAUAUUAAAGCCAAACAAGAGGAGUAUGCAAAUAGAAUUGCAGACAGGCAAUUCCGGACAGCUUUGAUGAAGAAAGUGUGGGUAGCAUGGCGCUCUCUUAGCGAAGAAGAAUGGAAGGAAAAAGUAGCCAAAGCCUGUCAGUUAAGGGCAGAGGAUGUCUGUGUUCAGCUCACCAAUGAUUAUGAAGACAAGAUUGCAGAGCUAACUGCUACUUUGGAACAGACAAAAGCUGAGAUUCUGCGGCUGCACAGUGAAAGAGAACAGUAUGAAGACACGAUGAAGAAAGCCUUUAUGCGUGGUGUGUGUGCUUUGAAUCUGGAAGCGAUGACCAUGUUUCAGGGCAAGGACAGUAGGACGGAUCCUG